AUGCAACGCAACCAUAUCUCAGACCCGAACGAACCGUUCCCUAAACCGCAGGCUCUCGCCUCUGCCACAACGACACACUCGCAAAGCAGAUUCCGUAUCUCGACCCGCAAGCUACCCAUCUCCAAAGCCGGUACCAUCGAUGCACUCACCGAAAAGAUUGGCAUUCCGAUGCCGGAGAUGAUAUUUGGCGAAAACGUCGUCGGAAUUGAACAUGUGCCCUCAGGCUGGUCCCUGAGUUUCAACACUCCAGAUGCGCUUGACGCCGUCGACAAGACAGAUCGCCACAUGCUCAAGGUUGCAUAUGCCCGAGACUGGGAGAGCACCCGAGAAGGCACCACACAGGGUAUAAAGGAAGUUGUGAAGCCUUAUGACUGGAGCUACUCGACGACAUAUACUGGUAGCAUCGAAGCCUCGACUUUGCAGUUUGCGCCCACCGACAAGGUGAUCCCUAUUGAGCUCCUGAAGCGUCGAGACCCCAUCCUGUUCUUUGACGAAGUUAUGCUGUAUGAGAGUGAGCUGGACGACAACGGCAUUUCAAUCUUUAGCGUCAAAGUUCGCGUGCACGAGAAGCGCAUGCUUUUGUUGUGUCGGUUGUUCAUGCGCCUGGAUAAUGUUGUCCUGCGGAUACGUGACACCAGGGUCUAUGUCGAUUUUGAGACUGAUGAUGUUAUUCGCGAAUACUCGGCGCAAGAAGAGACCUACGAGAACGUCAAGAGGACCAUCGGGCAGAAGCUCUCAACCCAAGUGCAUGAGGACCGAUCAGGACAGGAGAAGAAGAACACCAAGUAA